AUGAAGCCCCAAUCGAUGGUGAAAGCAGCGCCGGGCGGUUGGAAGACGUUAGACUGGUCCCAGGUAAACGGCGGAAAGGUAAUUUGCGCUGACGAGAAUGGUCAAGACAUGACAUGUCAUUACUUCGGCGAUCCGUUCAAGUACGAUUUGCCUACUGUCUGGGAUGCGGUCAACUACUACCUGGAGCCCUACCAGUGCCUGUUUACCGACAACGGGAAUAUAGGUGACCGUCUCGAAUACAGGGGGGGGCGAGCAAGGGGUAUCGGGAAGUGGGUAGGAAAAGACUUAUACGGAUGCUCCGAUAGUGACGCUUUGCUGGUUGGGUUCUUAGUACAACGCCAGUCAAACGGACGUGGUUGUGACAGUGACGGUCCGACAUGUCGGACAAACGUAUCGGAACAUUGUCAAUGCCAGGACAUAGAGCUGAGUGCUGAGGCCGCCACUCCAUCCGGUACGAUCAUUAAGUGGGGGAAGGUUAGGGACUAUUUCACCAACCAGACUGAUUUGGUUAAGUACUAUACGUUAUUCCAAAGGAAAGAAUACAAAUUGACAAACUGCCACGUGAAGUGCUUGAAAGACGGUAAUCCCGAAGAACACCGUCGAGAUACUAUUGAGUGGUUCGACAGGAACCCCGGGCCACACUUUUAA